AGUUCUGAAUCACUGAAGACCUAUCGUGCAGCAUUGACGCCUCCGUACUUCAAUUUGCACCUCACCACUUGUUAUCUACUUUUGAGCUAGUGUUCGGACAACUUCCGGUUAUCGUACGUACCUAUAAUUAAACACAUCAAGAAAUAAAAAACAAUAAAUGCACUAAUACCCUACUGAACUGGAGUAGUUACUCGUUAAUCUAGAAAUAGUACAUUUUACUGCAGGGUAUAUACACCUACAACAGACCAGGAAGGAGCGCAUGCAAGAAUUCUAAACAAACAACUUAUCGCGGGUUGCGCAAAUUUCAUAAAAGGCGAAGACACAGUAGUUUUUGAUGAAUAGUCGUGAAUAAAACUGCUCAAAAGAGACAUUUUGAAUUUAGAUUAAUUAUCAGCAAAAUGCUAAAAAGACACAAAAUUUUACAGAUUUUCGUUCUUUUAAUGGGAAUUGGACAUCUAGCCGGGCAAGGAUGCAAUGUUUGUCAGAGUAACACCGCGGCGUGCAUUAAUGAAACAUCAUUUCAUUUAUGUUAUGGAGGUACUGUUCCCAUAACUGAACAGACAUUUCACUGCGACGAUGGUCUUGUCUGCUCGGAUCAACCAAAUAUUUGCUUCCAGAGCGGUGGGGCCACCGCCAGCUGUGGCGACACUUCCAGUUGUGGUUUAUGCAAUGAAAAUAAUGUUUUCGCAUGCACCAGUCGUAACACAUUUGCCUUUUGUUUUGGCGCAACACAGCCGACUAAUGUGAACGGCACCUGUCCCACAGGUCGAGUAUGUGACGCAUCUACGCAAGACAUUUGCGUCCUACAAGCGCAGAAUACAUCAAUUAUCUGCAACUUGGAUCAGCCGGUAGCCACAACUGCCCUCGAUGAAACAUUGGCGCAUUGAAGGCUAGAGAGGACCAA